ACCCCCCUGAACACGCACACACACACACACAUGCCCCUGCCUGUGUGUGUGUGUAAAUCAGUGUGUCAGCUCAACCAGAGCAGGGAGCGUCCGCCAACGAAGCCAUGACUGGCAGCCACAGAGUCACACAGCAGUUUUGCUUUUAGCUUUUGGAUCAUUCCCGUUGGAUCAGUACAUUUGCCGCCGUUGUUGUUGUAUGUGAUCCUGCUGGGAAAAGAGCGGACAGAGAGAAAAACAAACCUCAGUCACUGCCUCCUGGAGCGCCUGAAACAUGGCACACAUCCAGAGGGUGCAGAAGAAGACCAGCACCAUGUCUCUGACCAUCUCCUCCUCCUCCUCUGCAUCUUCCACUCGAGAGCUCCUCUCCAGCUCCUCGGGCUCCUCCUCUUCCUCCAGCCUCCUGGCUCAGAGACACUCCGGCCUGGUGCAGCCGCUGUGUGUCAGCCCUCAGAGGACUCAGAGUCCCAUCUACAAUCAACAGACUUCAGGGAAUGCAGUGGCUCCUACAUUUGUAAAGUGUCUGCAUGAUGUGUCCACAGUGAAGGGCCAGCUGGUGGUCCUGGAGUGCAGACUGAGGGGAACUCCACCUCUGCAGGUCAUGUGGUACAGAGAGGAUGAGACAAUACUGGACUCAGAUGAUUUUAGGAUUCUACGCAAGAAGGCCAGUUCUGCGUCAGUGCCAGAGGAGCUGUGCACACUGGUGAUCACUGAGGCAUUUCCAGAAGACUCAGGCCUGUUUAAAUGUGUGGCCCACAACUCUUUUGGCACCAUCUCCUGCUCAGCAAUACUGGAAGUUUUUAAUGACCUGGAGGAGCAGCUGGAGAUCGAGGCCAUUCGUCAGCAGGAAGCAGUUCCUCUCCAACAGGAAAACGAGGCCGUGUUCCAACAGGACAUGUCCACCAGACUGGGCAGCGACGACUUCCCCCCUCCACUGCCCGACUCUAUGAACCUGCCCCCUCCUGAGUGGCCCGACAGCCCUGUAGAAGAUUACAUGCCUGCUGCGGAUUUUCCAGCGCCUCAGCCUUCCAACCACUCCUCUGAAAGACCCUUCAGUCAAGGCGAGGAAGAGUUCAUUGCCUUGAGUUCAGAAGGCCAAAGGUCACCAGAGGUCGCGAUCCAAGCCUGUACACCCAGCCCUCCCCUGCCACCCGCACCACCACCACAAGCUCCAGACGAGGAAAAAGCUCAGACACCCAAGCUGUUCAGCCCAAGCAAGCUCAGUUUCAAUUCCUCCCAGUCAGGAGGCAACAACAUGAACCUGUCAGACCUGCCGACCUUCAAGCCGAGCACCUUCCCUCCCAGUGCCUUCAACUAUGAGCGACCGAGGCAUUUCAUUCAGUCGCAGGCGUCCUUCCAGGCACCCAGCUAUGAGAGUGUGCAGAGGGAGGCUCAGGAGUACCAGAAUAACUCCCAACUGAACCUCAACAGCUCCCAGAAUAGUCUCGGUGUCACAGAGACACAGAGUCAAGCAACAACCAAGUCAUCGAAAAGUCAGUCAUUUGCUCAAACUCAGUCAGUGUCAAAGUCCUUGUCACAGACCCAGUCCCAGUUUCAGUCUCUCAACCUCAGUCAGAACCAGUCCCAGUUUCAGUCUCUCAGCCUCAGUCAGAACCAGUCCCAGUCCGCUGCCCAGAGACAGAUUCAAACCCAGGCCAAUGGAACGGGCAAGUCCUCUCCCUCCUCCUCCAGCCUCAGCUCUCCCAUUUCCACCCCGGCCUCCUCUGCUGUGCCUCCAUUUUCCUCCGCCGCCCCUCUGCUCAGCCCCACUGCUACCACCCCCUCAUCCUCUGCUGCUUCCUCCCCUUUCCCAGCCUCCCCCUUAUCCUCUCUCCCCCGCACGACCAUGCGCUCCACCAUCACCCUCACCCCCAGUGUCCCUAGUGCCACCGGCCUAGGCAGUGCCACCCUGCCGGCCAACCAGGAUAUCAUGUCAGCACCCGCCGCGUUCCUCUGCUCUGUGCUGCCCUCCCCUUUCUCCUCAUCCAAACUGUCUCCCAACUCCAACCUUCCUUUUCCCUCCAUCCCCUCCCGCUCCCCGCUGUCCCCCUCUAGCCCUCUGCUACCCAUAAGGAUGUCCCCCUCACCUUCCUCCAUCUCUCAGCAGCCUCCCCCAUUGUCUCCCUCCCUCCCUCGCUCCCCUCUCUCUCCCUCCUUCUCUCUCCAACAACCCAACACUCCCAACAGUCAGAACAGAGUCCCACCUGCUGUGGUCUCUCUACCUGCCAGCUACAAGGGGAUGCCUAACAUCCCCCCCAAGCCCAUUCUGAGGAAGUCUGUACCUCCUCGGCCUUCUUCUUCUCGUUCCACAGAUGAAGACAUCCAGGGCUCCAAAGACGCUCUCAUGCAGGAUCUGGAGAAGAAGCUGCGCUCAAAGGAGGCCAGGAGGAGAAAUAGCCAGAAACUGUCCUAUGAGGAGCGUAUGGCUCGUAGGCUGCUGGGUCCAGACAACGCCAACUACAUGUUUGACCAAGACAAUCUUUCAGACUCACAACUCGACCAGCCAGAAUCACCAGAAGGAAGACACACAGGUGGACUAUGGGGGAAGCAGCACUCAGGGAGAGAUGAGAGGGGAAAUGAGGGGUCAGCCAUCCAGGAGAAAUGUUAUGCUCCUCGUUUCCUACUGAUUCCCUCAGACCUCACUGUGGAGGAGGGACGCUUCUGUAGGAUUGACUUCAAGGUCGGAGGCCUCCCUACACCAGACGUCUGCUGGUACCUGGACGGCAAAGCCAUUCGUCCAGACGACUACCAUAAGAUGCUGGUGUGUGAGAAGGGGAUGCACUCAUUCAUCAUAGAGAUUGUCACAGUGCACCAUGCUGGUGUGUAUGAGUGCGUCGCCAGGAACCGAGCUGGGGAGAGCCGGUUUUCCAUGAGGCUCGACGUCCUAGCCCAGGAAGCUCUCCGUCCUCCCACCUUUGUGCAGAAGAUGUUGAACUCUCGAGCUCUAGAGGGCGACACUGUUAGGUUAGAGUGUAAAGUGGACGCUUCCCCUCCUCCACAGCUUCACUGGAAGAAAGAUAAAGACAUGCUGCGCAUUGACCCCAGCAGAAUGAGUUUGUACCAGGACGGUUCAGGACGGCAGUGCUUGUUGAUAGAGAGGUUGCUGAAGACUGAUGCUGGCUGGUACACGCUCUCCGCCAUUAAUGAAGCUGGCAUGUCCACAUGCAACGCCAGGCUGGAUGUAGGCACUCGCAAAACCCAAGCCAUGAAAACAGCGCCCCCUGGCUCAAAGACCCUGAAGCUGCUGUCGUCUCUGAGCCACGUGCCUACGCUGACUGUGGAGAGCCCCGCCCAGCACACCGCCCCGCUGUACGAGAGUGAAGAGCUGUAGGCCACACCUUCGCAUCCUCCUUUAGCCCUCAUCUCUGAACUGUAACACUGGGCCAGAGUCUGUGAUAACUGUAAUGUCCACGCAGAGACAGUUCUGAGUUUGAGGCUGGUAGCACCGCAGCAGAUGAGCACAUGUCUCUGAGUACUCUGGAAGCCAAUCCAGAUCAGGUUGAAUAAAUGCACCUAAACAAGCAACACUGUGGUUGAUGUACAAGGCAGAUAAGCUUCGUCAAAUAUUCAAGACUAAGCCGCAUCUGUGAACAUCUGUAAAAGGCAAUAGCUGUGAUGCAGUAUUAGAGGAUUCUUCACUGUUAUUAGAAAAUGUAUAUCUUAGUGUUGCUUACAAGCUCGCAAAACAAAUCGUCCUUGAACUGUCACAGGUUUAGUUAAAGUUCCGAAAUGGCCUUGUAGAGAUUGUUUCAAAUACCUCAAGGAAACCACCCUAACCUUCACGAACACUGGUAUCUACUAUGAGGCAAAAUGGUGGUCAAAUGCCCUGUUAGUCCAAGUAAUCACUCCUCAUAUUGUCCAUCUGGUGCUGUCUGUCACUGCUGUGCCCACUCCGGCUGUUUCACCAUCUUUCUAGUUCAGGCUCAUGUUUGAUACAUGCCCGUAAGCCUCUCUACUCUGCACACCUGUCCCUUUCUCCUCAUGUGCCUGUCCUGUCUGCUCUCAGUAGAACAGUCCAGCUCCUGGAUGGAUCAGUAGACGUAGGUGAGAUGAGGCAGACUCAACCCUGCUGCUAGAUUUAUCCCAGCAGCCAACCACAAUACAGCAACAUAAAAUCCCAUGUGGUCUGGAGAACAUUUUGCCAAUAGAAAACCGGUGACAGGGAAUCUCCAGCAGCACACGUUACAUUACGACUUGUAUUGGAGUCUCCUGUAUGAUGAGUAAGCACCUUUCAUUUUUAAUAAUUGUGCAUUAUCUUGAAAUACAGUGUCUAGCUUUGUUCUUUGGUCUGUACAAUACCCACAAUCCAACACUGCCAACAUCUGUCACUGCACUUUAAUCAUGACAACUGUGAGUGUCUCAUCCAGCAUUUGCCCUCAUUUUCUUUAGCUUGGAGUUGUAAAGGGAUAUUUUCAUGUUUGAGCUUCGGAGUUUAAAUGUGUCUGAAUUACAGCUGCUGUUGCCUUUCAUCUUAUGUUGUGUUUCCCUGUGGUUUUAAGAGAGAUUAGAUGGUGGUCACUGCUCAGAUUCUCCGCUGUGAUAUAAAUUCAGCCUAAUAUGUGUUUUUAACGUUGGUCUCUAAUAUACAGUGUAUGUGAAUGAAACUAUUUAUUUGAGCUGAAGUAAUUAUGUUAUCGUUAUUUGUACUUUAAGUUGUCCCUCUCUUGCAAAGGGCUGCAGCCAGAGAUGUACAAUAUCAACGAGUUGGACAAAGAGUGACAGGCUGUCAUUACUGAACGCUAAACCAGAUCUGCACUCUCAAAUCUGAAUUAUUGACUGAAGUUUACAUUUUAUCACAUCUGCAGUGCAGAUAAAACAUGUUUUACACUUAACCCAGGAGGAGAGACGUUUUUCUCUUUUGAUGCAUGUUUGCAUCAUAAUGUUCAGUUGAAAAAUGGGUUUUCAAUCAGAAUCAGUUUGUCAGCCUGUGUCCAGUUAUGCCGUACUCAACUUCUGACCAGAGGCUCAUUCAAAAUGACAUUUCAGUAAAAGGCUUGUUUUGCCUGCUUACCUUGGAACUGCUUGUUGUUAUUAUUGCUAGCCAGGAGGUCAUUUCACCAAGACCACAUAUUUCUGUCUGCUUCUGCAUGUAAACCAAAAAUCUGGCUUUUAACCCUGUGUGGUCACAACUCAGCGCAGGAAUUUCUUUUUAGAGCAAGACAUAAAAUCUUCCUGUGUGGGUCACAAGAGUUUCAAUGUACCUGCUGCCCUUUUUACAAUCCAAACUCAUGUAUUUGGACUGGAUUCAUACAGUAAAAUUGAAAGUGUCAUUUUGUGAGAUGAAAAGCAUUAUUUCUACAGUUUUUUGUGAUGUUUAGAUCAAACAGGGUUAAACGUUGAAUUUAUUUAAAGCACCAGCAUAGUUUGGUAAGUUAGGCCCUUUCUGUUGACAGUUUGAACGCAGGUAGACGUGUGUAACUCUCCUCAAGUAUAUGUUUGUUGUGUGAGAACCUCUGCAUAUCACCGGAUGAAUGAGGAAUAAAGUCUUUGUGACCUUG